CUAAUAGCAACCAAUGACUUUUCCUAUUUUCUCACUUGGAAUCUGUUUUGGAGCUUAGAAUUGCUAUCUCACUUGAAUCAGUAACAUCUCUUGCCUUGAAGGAUUUGAAAGUGACUUUAAGGAACAUUACCACCAUUUUGAAAAGUUCCAUUUUCAAAGCACUUGAAAAGUUUGAGGGGGAUUCCCAAAGCUGUAUUGCAGCUUGCAGGGGAGCAUUUGCUAUCAGCUGAAUAUUGUCAAGCAAAAAGAACUUUACAUCAGUUCUCAGACAACACACGUGAAUCACUCAGCCCUCAAAUGUCAUAGAGAAAAGCAUUACUGCUAAGUAACCUAAUUUUAAGUCUGAAGAUAAAAUGAGCCAAAGUUUAUUUAACAAAAGGGAUUCUGGGGGUUCUGUUUCUUGAGCAAAAGAAAACAACAGUCCCGAAACACCUUUGCAGCAUAUGUUGUUUUUAAUGACUUAAAGAAAGUAGCAGCACCAAGAUGAUGGAAAUUAUGAAUGCUUUCCUAGCACUGACUAUUUUUAUUAUCCUGAUGAAUCUUCAGCCUGUAAUAGUAGCUAAUUUGGUACUGGUGAAUAAAGGAAUCUGCGUUGAAAGAGGACGAGUUGCGUAUGUAACUGAAAAUGAACUACAGUUCAACAUUUCUAAUGAGAAAGAUUCUUGCAAAGUAGAAGUAGUUUUAAAUGAGCCAGUGACACAAAGAGUUGGGAAACUUACACCUCAGGUAUUUGAUUGCCAUUUCUUACCUGAUGAAGUCAAAUACGUUCACAAUGGUUGCCAACUGCUAAAAGAAGACAGUGUGAUGUUAAGAGUAUACAGGUUUUCAGAAUUGGAGACCAUUGUAGAGAUAUUUGUUCUUCGUGUAGAGAUCAGAAGCCCAAAAUCAAGUCUUGUUCAAUUUGGACAAGUCUCUCUAGAAGUUCCAGAAUUCUUUGGGAUUUCUCAGCUGAUUGACAGAAACAUUUUGAGUUUCAAAUACAAUGGACUUGGUAAAGUCUGUACAGUAAGGAUCAUGUCAUCUGAAUUACUGUUUCCUGCUGUUGGCCAAGUAGUUGUUGAGGACUCUAAAAUACAGAAAAGAGAAGAUGUUUCAACAUACACUAAAAAGAAAAAAGCUGGACAAUCCAAACCACCUUGUCCCAGCAAUGCUGCCUGCCAUUCAGGAUUAAAAGAAAUACACCUUCUAAAGAUGAGUUGUGAAGACUUUCUGGAGAUGAGAGUUAGGUACCAACAUCUCAGUCCCCCAUCGCCUGAUAAGGAUUAUAUAGUGAUUCAAGUAGAAAUUAGAGACAGAAAGACCAGAUUGCAGUUACAGGCAGAAAAUGUAUGGAUUCCUGUAAGGAUAAAGGGAGCUAUUCCAAACCGACAACCUCAAGCUGCAUUCAUGUCCAUGUUCAUCUUGGAGAUAGAUGAAUUCAUUCUUACUCCUCUCACAACAGUGACUUUGGAUGCUGAAGAUGAAGAAACCCAAAGGGAAAGAUUGGUGUUCAACAUUACUAAACCUCCUCCUCAGGGAUAUCUUACCCACCUGGAAGACCACUCUAAGGCCAUUACAUCUUUCACUUGGCAGGAUUUGUAUGACACAAAAGUUGCUUUCCAGCCAUCUAAUGUCUCUCAUUCUGAGAGACAGAACUAUGAGGUUGAGUUUCAAGCAAUUGAUGGCCUCUUCAUGAACAGUGUCCCUAUCAUGGUCCAUUUUUCAAUUCGAAGUACAGUAACAAAUGCUCCUAGAGUUGCAUGGAACAUGGGGCUUGACUUGCUGGAAGGACAGUCUCGUGCAAUUACCUGGAAGUCUCUUCAGAUUGUAGAUAACGAUAACCUUAAUGCUGUUCAGCUGCUUGUGGUGGAAGGCUUAAAUCAUGGCUGGCUCACAAUCCGAGGGAACAAAGGCUUCAGGUUUGGAGUUAAAGAUCUCAGGGAUGGAGUUGUUCGUUACCAUCACGAUGACAGUGAUGCAACCAAGGAUGACAUAGUUUUCCGAAUUUUUGAUGGAAAGCACAGUGCUAGACACAGAUUUCCUAUUAACAUUCUUCCUAAAGAUGACAGCCCACCAUUCCUAGUGAACAAUCUUGUAUUUGAGCUGGAAGAGGGGAACACGGUCCUUAUUGGAAGCCAUUUGCUUAUGGCUACAGAUUUUGAUUCGAGCGAUGAUUAUAUCCUCUACAAAAUAUCCAAACCACCUAGUGCUGGAGAACUUAUCAAGCAACACUUCCCAGAUGGACCAGGUAUCCCUGUGUUUAGCUUCUACCAAAGAGAUCUCUUUCAUGGGCUGAUCUGCUAUCGUCAUUUUGGAGGGGAAAUUUUUCAAGACUCAUUUGAAUUUACCUUAGCUGACAGUCAGGAACCACCGAACCUUUCAGAUCUUCAGAUUGUGACGAUUCACAUUAUGCCAGUGAAAGACCAUUUGCCAAAAGAAGUCCCUGGGACAAUAAGGCACCUUGUGGUCAAAGAAACGGAGAUUGCACACAUCACAAAGGAUCACCUCCAUUUUACAGAUGCUGAAUUACCAGACAAUCAGCUAAUGUAUACAGUUACAAAGCCAUGUUUCUCUCCUACUUCCCCUGGGCUUUAUGAUACAGGAAAGCUUAUUUUCACAGACAGCCUGAAAAAGUAUGUGAAAAAUUCUACUAUUCCUCCUUUGUCAUCUUUCACACAGCAUGCCAUAACGCAUAUGAAAGUAGCAUACAUGCCCCCAUUGAUGGAGAUGGGCCCUGACCCAUUGUUUAUACAGUUUGAAUUCUCUGUCAGUGAUCAGCAGGAUGGAAUGAUGACUGGUCUCCUCUUUAACAUCACAGUGAUGCCUGUGGAUGAUGAAGCACCUGAGAUAUUCACCAGCCAUCUAAAAAUAGAGGAAGGUGACAGUUUAUUCGUCACUGGAGAGCAUCUAAUGGUCACAGACUUGGACACAAAGAACAGUGAUAUCCAAAUUGAAUUGAAGAAAUCACCUUCCCAUGGACACAUUGAACUACAUGGAUUUGUUAUGCUGGAGGGAGAUAAAUUUACCCUUUUGGAUUUACAAUCUUCCAACAUUAGGUAUCAGCAUGACAGUUCAGAAACCCUUGAAGACAGAAUUAUAUUUUCAGCAACAGAUGGAUUUAACACUGCAGAUGGAACAUUAAGAGUACAGAUCAUACCGGUUAAUGAUGAGCCACCAGAGCUGCAGCCUGGAUUAAAAUCAAAUCUGGAAUGCCUGGAAGGAGAGCGAGUCAUCAUCACUGCUGAAUACCUGUAUGCAACAGAUGCUGACAGCGAUGACUCCAGACUCACUUACAUGAUUGCCAGGGCUCCAACGCAUGGCAUGAUUCAAAAGGAUGACUUUGUGGUAGAUAGGUUCUCUCAACGUGACAUUACCCAAGGAUCCAUCUCCUAUGUGCACACUGGAGGAGAAAUAGGACAUACAUACUUCAUGGACAGUGUAACUUUGAUUAUCUCAGAUGGAGAAGCUGGAAUAGCGAAUGGCUGUUGUACUGAUAGAAAUUUCCCACCGCCUGUGCUGCUUCACUCCAAUUUACCAGUGUAUGAUUUAAACAUCUCUGUGCUGCCCAUUAACAAUCAGUGGCCAACCAUUCAAACUGGAAAGAUGUUUGUGGUGGAAGAGGGGUCUUCAGCAUGCAUUAGUUUAAAAUAUCUGAAUGCUUCCGAUGAAGACUCAACUCCCGAGGAGCUAACUUUCUUCUUAGAGACAAGUCCUCAGUAUGGUUACCUGGAGAACAUCCUUCCUACACCUGGAUAUGAGAAGAGCAAUGCUGGCCUUAAUAUAAGUGUAUUCGCUUUUCAGAGUCUCCAAACUGGUUAUAUCAACUAUGUUCAGUCUAAGCAUGAGCAUUUAGAACCCUCCACUGAUCACUUUAUGGUAUCUGUUAGUGAUGGCUUUCAUAAAUCUUUGGCAAUACCUUUCUACAUCAUCAUUGAUCCAGUUAAUGAUGAAAUCCCGGAGCUGCAACUUAGGAAUUUUACAGUAAUGGAAGGUGACAUUAGGACAAUGGGACCUGGCAACAUCAAUGUUGAAGAUCUUGAUGUCCCACCAGAUGUGUUGAGAUUCAACAUUGCUGCUUCACCUUGUCAUGGGCUGAUACUAAAUGGAAUUUACGGCGGAGAUCUUAGACGUUACAAGGAACUCAGCCCAGCAAUACUUCAUAAAGAUUUCAAAAUACACAGUUUUACACUGGACGAACUUAAACAAGGACUGAUGCUUAUGUACAUGCAUGACGACACAGAAAGCCUAGAGGAUAGUUUCACCAUUCAGCUGACAGAUGGCAAGCAUACAGUCCAAGGGACACUUUAUAUCUACAUCAUGCCAGUCAAUGAUGAAAUCCCUCAUCUUUCCAGGAACACAGGCUUGGAAAUUGAGGUUGGUGAGAGUAAAGUUAUUUCCAGUGUGUCAUUAGAGGUGGAAGACAAAGAUUCUUCAAGGAAUCAGCUCCAUUAUGUCAUCAACAACAAGCCAAGAUAUGGACACCUAAAAUUAAAGACCACAUCAGCUUGGAGCAUUCUGCAUCCUGGAAUGAAUUUCACUCAAGACGAUGUGGAUAUGAACCGCCUCUGGUAUUUCCAUACUAACAUUCUGGGUCCAGAAAGUCAUGACAGCUUCCGAUUUUAUGUGACAGAUGGGCAAAACAGCUCUCCACCCAAAAGCUUCUAUAUCUUCAUUAAAAGUGUGGAUAAAGGUGACAUUGUUCUAUUCACCAAACCUGUAACUUUAACAGAGGGUGACAGGGUGACCUUGACGACAGAUGUUCUUAUGGCAACAGAUGGCACUGGCAAACCCGAGAAGCUGCUGUAUGCCAUUUCUGUGCCACCUGUGCAUGGUCAGAUUGAGUACAUCAAUUAUCCCGGUGUGCCCAUUUCCUGCUAUAGCCAGUUGGAUGUCGUGGCCCAGAAGGUUUGCUACAUUCAUGACAACAGCCACGAGGAUAGUAAGGAUUCAUUCAGUUUUAUCAUCAGUAAUGGUCAUAUGGAGAAAAAAGGCCUGCUAGAAUUGAAAAUUGAACACACUGACCAGAUUCCGCCUACGCUGCUUAAGAACAAAGGACUCCAUGUUGUGGAAGGAAGUAAAGGAUUUUUAACUAGAGAUAUUCUUCAGCUUACAGAUGUAGACAGUCCAGUAAAAAACCUCACAUAUAUCAUCACACAGUAUCCACAAUAUGGACAUUUAUACAUGAAAGAGACUAUCAUACACUGGGGCCAGUUUACACAGCUGGAUGUGGAUAAUACAAAAGUGUACUACAAACAUAAUGGAGGGGCUGGACAAAUUGAUAAAUUCUCAUUUAUAGCGACAGACAAAGUCAAUCAUGGAUAUUUGGUCAAUGGACAAUUGAGAGACAACCCCACAGAAUUUGCAAUACAGGUAGAAUGCCAAGAUAAAAUAGCUCCAAAGCUCAUAGUAAAGGCAAGCCCAACCACCAUACACAAUCUGAAAGAUGGGAGGUUUGCAAUACCCAUCACAGUUCACAACCUGAAAGUCACGGAUGCUGAUAGUAGAGAUGAGGAGCUCAUCUUCAGUGUUCGGCGGCAUCCCUUCUUUGGAUAUCUUGAAAAUUCAAGAGCAGGCAGUUUUCUCCAAAACUCUUUUACACAAGAUGACUUAAACCAGCAUAACAUUCAGUACAUCAUAAAUCCCUCCAAUGAAGCAACUUUAGAUAGUUUUGAAUAUGAAGCUUCAGAUGCAGUGGGCAACACAGUAGUUCCAGAGAUUCUUGAAAUAAAAUGGUCCCGUAUAGAACUGGCAGAUACUUGCUAUCGUGUUUGUGAAAACAUUGGGUCUCUUCCUAUUAAACUUCAGCGAACAGGGGAGAGUGCAGAGCCAUCAUUUGUUGGAAUAAAGGUCCAAGAAGUGUCAGCUAGAGUUGGCUUGGACUUCAAACACAGUACAGCAAGAUUAGUGCAGUUUGAUCCUGGCGUUUCUGUCAAGAUCUGGAAUAUCCUGCUUCAAGAUGAUGGCCUUGAAGAAAACAAUGAAGUAUUUAAAGUAAUACUGAAUACGCCCAAAAAUGCUGUCCUGGGACACAAGAGGGAAUUGACUGUUGAAAUUCUAGAUCCAAGGGCUGGUGGCUGUGAUUCUUCUACAACCUUCCAAGUUAGUGACACUCAAGGAGUGCUGGAAAGGACUGACUACAUAUCAGAAAGUUUAUCUGCUGGUCAUUCACAUAUAGUAAGCAGAAGAGGAAAUGUCCUUAACAAAGAACAGCAUCUAAACACUAGGAAUCACCCUCCUCCUCUUCCUCCUCCUCAUGGCUCUUCAGCCAGAGGAGAUGUUCCGCAGACAGAAGACCUGCUUGAUCAUAUACACAUGGAUUCCCAAGUUCUUGCUGAUUCCAAGGAUCAAGAAGCUGAACACACCCCAGCAAUGUACCAAGGAAUUACACCAACAGGAGCUGGAGGACAAUUUGUUUUGCCAUCUGCCAUCAGGACAGCUGCUACAGAGCCCAGGUCUGUUUUACCUUUUCACUUACAAAGCCGACAUGACCUUCCUCAGAGAGAUUCGGGUGUGAAAAAUGAACCUGUCCCACUACAAAGAAGUACAAAGCAGAGAAAGUGCCCUUCCAACUGGACACUCAGAGACAAGCACUGCUAUGGUUUGAGUUCCAUUAGAAAUGCAUCUUGGGACAGUGCUGAAAAGGCCUGCAGGAAAUGGUCCAGUGGCCAUCUAACCAGUGUGCAUUCUCCAAGGGAGAUGGCAUGGCUCUGGAAAUUUGCCAAUAAGCAGCCAUUUUGGAUAGGAUUAAAAGAAGAAGGUAAAACAGACAAAUGGGUGUGGAGCAAUGGCCGGCCAGUGACCUUUCAUAACUUCAAAGAAGGAAAGGAAGCACUAUGCAAGACCACUGAACAGAAAUGUGCUUUUGUACAAACACAGAAGAAAUGGGUUGCAAGGCUAUGCAGACAAAGGCUGAAAGGAAGAUAUAUUUGUUCUGUUCCUUCAUUAACUGACACUUCCCUAAAAAAUACAAAAGUGGUUUAACUAGUUGGCAAGGGAAUUGUACAAGAUAUUACCAGGAGAGGAGAAACAAGGCUACAACAAAUUCAAGCCAUGAAGUCAUGCAAGCCACCCAUUAUAAAGCUACUUCUUAAAACUUCUGAACACAUCUCAAAGAAGGAGAAAUAUAUGAUCCUUUGUGCAUUAAGUGCAUCAGAGCUGAUGUCUUGCCAGAUUCUACAUAUUCAAAGGUUACAUGUUGUUGAAGAUAGCAAAUGUCUUCACAGUGAGCAGUAUUAGGAAGGUGGUUUUUUUUAAUUUUUAAUAUCAGUGUCACAGCUAUGCAGGUCCAAGAGAAAGUUGGCCAAGAGUUGGAGCUAGUAUUUGUCUUGCUGAUAAAAGUAAGCAGUGUCUCACAAAAAGAAAUGAAAAUUAUAUUGAUAUUGAUAUUUAAGUGAUACAGAUAAAUAUGAGGCACAGUUGAGAUAAAUAAAUAAUGCUAUUGAAAUGUAAAAAUAAAAAAACUAUAUAAGCACAGAAUGGAAAAUGCUGAAGUUAAUAUUUUAAAUGACUAUUUGCUUGUAGGCUUACGUAUUAUCAAAAAUAUUGUUCUGGAUAACUGUUAGCUUGGUGGUUUAUGUGUUCAUGGAACAUGUAUAGAGGAGUGAAUGGGAUCUUUCACAUUUAUGUCUGCUAGCCCCACCUCCAUUCUCUACAUUAAUCAUAACCUGUGAAGCAGCCUACACCCGUGGCACUGUGGAUGUGUUCCGGGGCCAUACCUAUUCAAGGAUCUCCAACCACACAUACCUAUGUGCAUAUACUUAUAGAUUAUGUGAAAUGCAUAGGCAGAAUGGGGACGUGACCAACAUAUAUAAUCCUGUACCCUCCUCUAAAGUUUAGAGUCACGAUGCAUUUCAUAUCACAUGAAAAAUGCAUGGGACCUGCCUUUUGAAAACAUUGGGCACAUUUAAAUAAAGGAGAGAGUUCCUUCUACACUAAUAAUUUAAUUGCGCAAAAUCUUCAAGAUCAGUAAGCUCUCUUUGAUUUGAAGUUACAGCAAAUUAUUCAGUUCUGCUGUUAUUCUGCCUUAACAGAACUGCUUCUUCAUAUUAAUGUAACUGUCUCUAACAUUUUAGAAACCCUAGUAAACAUAUAUUAAUAAAGAAUAUAUUAGAGCCUCAGGUUGCAGCCCUACAGCCACUUAUCUGGGAGUAAGUCUCAUUGUACUUAGUGGGACUCACUUUUCAGUAGACAUGUAUGGGACUGUCAGUAAAAAAAUAAUAACUAAAGCUGCUGUUUUUGCUUCUUGUUUUUAUGAAAUGUCUGUUAACUAAAAGUGUUUCAUCCUUCCAGGAUUAGGGAGUGUUCCAUGAAUUCAGUGAGAGAUGUAUCUAUGCAGCAUUCCCUGUCACACUGAAGUAAUGGGGCCAUCCCUCUUCAUAUAAACACCCAUGCAUGCACUGGAAGCCCAGAGAGCUUUGAAUUAUGGCAAUAGUGUUGUUCAUGGGUGUCCAAGUUCUUUGCACCAACAGGAGUGUGUGAAACACUGGGAAAAUUAAAGGUGACCAAAUGUGCUAUACCCGU